AUGCUCCUGGAAGAUCCCGGGAAUUCUGGAUUCAUUUCCUGGACUGGAAGAGGCCUGGAGUUCAAACUCGUGGAACCCGAAGAGGUAGAAUUCUGUACAUCCCCUUGCCUGCAUGCAAUGGUGGCAAGGCGUUGGGGAAAAGAGAAGAACCGUCCCACCAUGAACUACGACAAGCUCAGUCGAUCUCUUCGAUAUUACUACGAGAGGGGGAUCCUCCAAAAAGUCACCGGCGAGAGAUACGUGUAUCGAUUUGUGUGCGAUCCGAUGGAUGAGGACGGGGGAGGAGUUUUCCAUGGUCAUUUCUUUCUCCGUUGA